AUGUCGAUUCGUAAUGUGGAAAUAGGAGAAGCAUUACACGACAAAUCACAAUUGGCAACCAAAGGCGUUUUCACUUGUGUGGCUGUUUUAAUCUUUCUACAAGAUGAUGGAUUAUUCCUCGCUCACAUUGGUUCUGAGAUCUUCGACAUCGGUGGAAAGGAUCCAUUAGUUGAAGUACAACGUAUUAUUGAGAAUGCAAUCAUUAUGUUCGAUACCAAUCAUAAAGACACAGUUCCCGAAAGUAUCUUUUUAAUGGGCGGUGUCCAAAACAAAGAAUAUGUCAAAUUGAACGAUGCUCUUACAGAUUGGAGACUUUCUCCUUCAAUAAUUGGGCCAAGCUGUGAAAUAAUAUCGUCUCAACGUCUACGAACAUUCAUUGAGAAGAUCAAAUACCACAAUUUGUGCAUAAAUUUUAUUGAAAACUCCAUUUCCGUUGGUGAUAUUAUCGAUUCGACUUGGAUAUCUGACGUUUCCAUCGUCUGCAACAAGAUAUUAACGUCACCUCUAAUUGCAAUUUGUCACAAUACUUUAGAAAAGAUUCUGAAAUAG